AUGGCCACCAACAAGAACAGAAACACAGUCCGGGCCCGCAAUGUGCCCCUGGAAUAUAGCUUCGAGAGUGUAAAGGAUGUCAUCUGUCGUCGAUUCGAGGCCUCGGAGAAGACGACGAUAACAUGCAAAAUAACACUUGCUCCAACAUGCACAGAUGAUGGAGAGACUCAGACCGCCAUCAUCAAGUUUAGUCCAUCCAUGCCUAGCUUUCUUAGCCGUCUUAGCGAGAAGAGAGAACAGAUCGAGGUGAAAGGCUCCAGGGACAUAGACAUCGACCAGGAUUUCUAUGGUCUCACUCAACUGUAUCCAACCCACGGGAGCAGAAUUCCUCUUGACAUUAUUGCAGUCACCGGACUCAACGGCCAUGCCUUCGGUUCGUGGACCGGAGGGAAGGACCGGAUGUGGCUUCGCGAUUUUCUCUGUGAAGAUGAAUAUUUGAAAGCUUGUAGGACCAUGAUUUUCGGGUACAACGCCAAAUUGAAAGAUCAAGCUGUCCACAUGACCAGAGACUACGUCCGAAGCUUUCUAGAGGAACUCAGGAAAGCGAGAAAAACCCGCGAGGAGAGAAAUCGGCCGAUAGUCUUUUUGGGUCACAGUUUUGGAGGCAUUCUUAUCGCUCAUGCGCUGGUCAAGGCCAGAGAGAAGGAUGAUGGGUCUUUGGUCAAAGCAACUCAUGCAUUCCUUUUCUUUGGUGUACCACAUCGUGGUAUCAGCCUCUCCGAUGUCACUAAAAUGGUCAAAGAUUUAGAUUAUCCGCCUCAGAGGGAAAAGCUGGUGAAUGAAAUCAUCGAAUCUUCCUCGGGGAUCAAUCCCAUCAUGGAGAGCUUCAUCAACAUGACCAUGGGCAAAAAGAUUGUUUCGUUUUAUGAGACUCGAAUGACCAGGGCAGUUGCAAAGAAUGAGGACGGCUCGUAUGGGCGCUCCGGAGAGUAUAUAGAGGUUGUGAAAGAACCCUCUGCCAGGUUUUAUCUGCCGCAUCAGAUCGAAGAAGCAAUCCCCGUCGAUGGCGAUCAUUCGACCAUGGUCAAAUUUGCGAGUUCGGCUGAUGACACGUACCAGUCCGUCCGCAACUAUUUGAGGGGUUAUCUCGAGUCGUUCGGAUUCACCAGUGGCUCUUCUUUUGCGAGUCGAAAUGUCCAUGAUCCGUCCGAUAGUCAUCACGCAGUCGCUGAAGGUCUCGUGGCACACUUUGCCCACACACCAGAACCUUUAGAUCAGGCGUUGAGACUCGCUGCUGAUCUGGGCCUGGUCGUGGAAGCGCUGUGUCUGCUGAGAAAGGGAGCCCGUCCGAACUUUUGGGACACGGAGCCCCGACCACUGGGCGCUUUGUCGUCUCAUUCGGCCACAAUAUCUGGCCCUAGAUGGAAGAUCAAGUCCAAUGGAGACAUAAUGGGACCAGGAGAGACGGCGAUUUUUCGAGCAGCCGUCCGCAACCAUAAGCAUGUCGUUGAACUUCUGCUCCAGUGGCAGGCAGAUCCCAACCUAGCAGCUGAGAGUGGAAAGACUCCUUUACACGAAGCUGCAAGCUGUGGUCAUCUCGCCCUGGUCCAGCUGUUGUUGGAGCAUCGGGCAGAUCCGAACGCACGAGAUUCCAUGUGGGAAAGCACACCUCUUCACGACGCAGCGAGGGCGGGCACAACAGCUGUGGCACUGCUUCACCGAUAUCAUGCCGAUCUGAAUGCACAAUUGAAAUUCAGCCGGGACACGCCGCUCCAUCUCGCCGUCCGUGAAGGCCACGAAGAGGUGGUCUACUUCCUGCUUGAGAAAAACGCCAAUCCUGUCCCCACGAACAAAAGCGGACGCCGACCCGUCCAUGACGCAGCGCGAGCCGGAAAUAUCAGCUUGGUGGGCUGGCUGCUGGAACGGGAUCGCAAGGGCGAGACAGAUCCACGCGAUAACCGGGGGUGGACGCCCAUGCACGAGGCAGCCUACGGAGGCCACAACGACGUCGUAUGGUUGUUACUGAGGCGAGGUGCGGAUGGGAAUGCAGCCCUGCGGGAUGGGAGACGAGCUGUCGACUUGGCCAAGGAGCGCGGGCAUGGCGAGACUCGAAAGCUCAUACUGGCAUCAACCGCAGGGGAGUGA